GGGGGAGAAGGAAAAGAGGGGGGAAAGAAGAAAGAAAGAAAGAAAGAAAACAAAAAGUGCAGGGAAUUGAAUGGUUCGAUACUACGACUCAACAACACGCGCCGUUGCCUUCCCGUUUUCCUCUCGGCCGGUCCGGUCCGUCGAUUUAUAGACCCGGCGCCGAUCUCCACCUUUACCGACGGAACGGGUCCGGCACGCGACAUCCGUAUACAUGGGAGCAGCAGCCAAAACGACACGGGUCUUCCCAGCUCUCGUGCAGCAGAUGAUACUCCCGAGGGUUCUCAAAAAUACCUUCCCUCUCGCCCACGCACGGCCCGCCCAGCAGGCCGACAAACUCCCCCAUGCGCGCGCCCUCAGGAAUGCGCUCCACUCGGCGCCGCCAGCCCUAAGACCCACGCCACAGGCCCAAAUCCACAUCCACGCGCAGAACCGUCGCAUCCAUUCGUUCCCUCGCCCGGAAGGCGAGUCGGUUGCCCCACACCCUCCGGAACAUGGCGCACGGCCUCACCCGGCCGACGCUUCUUGUUCCUACGAAGCGGGACCGUGCCUUGCCCAAUAUUUCACUCUCGUCGCCCAAACCAGAGCUGGCACGAGCGCAGUGCCUCCGCCUUUUGUCGAUGACAUAGCAGGAAUAUAGAAGCACCCGUUCACGAAAAAAAAAAAAAAACAUUGGAGUUAUGUCUUUGUGGCAAAGCUUGUGGGUGCGAGACGUUGAUGUUGCAGACUUGACUGG